AUGUCUCGACGUCGAGACACCACAACCCCCUCACAGCUUGAACGAGGGAGUGCAGUGUCGCCUUCACCCGCACGCGAUGCACUGCAAGGAAAUCUAGAGAGCGGCCUCACUUUAAAUAGGAAGAAGUCGUGGUUUGGCAGCGCUCGCGAUAUCCUCUCCAAGGCUUUGAAGGGAGAUGGAUCAUCGAAAGUAGAUGAGACUGAAGACCGAACGAUAUCGAUCCAGACUGAAGAGUCCGAAGUUGGCCAACAUGACGAUUCUUCGACCACACCGCUAAGGCCUCGCCCAGAACGCCAGCGAACGUUCACCCCAAGAAACGCGAUAUCCUCGCUACGUCAGCAUAUAUCCAGCUCCAAUCAUCGUCACAAGAGACCAGCUCUGGCAAACAUCACUGGCAAUGAGAUACGUACGAGUACACCAAUUGGACCCGACAGCAUAGUCAUCUCCCCGGCGCCCGAGGACGAAGAGGAGCAAGACGCGCUCGAGACCCAUGCCAGGAAGAACAGCCUGGGAAAGAGCCUUGUGGGGAGCAUUCGGACUUUUGGCAGAAAGAGUAUGUCCGGGAAUGCUUCGCCCACUAAAAGCAUCAAGGAGGAUCAAUUCUCGCCAACGAAGCACGCCGCCGCUGUUCCCUUGCCAUCAUCGCCUAUUGACAUCCCCCCACCACCUACUCUACAUGUCGACCUAGGACCCGCAGCUCUCAUGCCUACAUCGCCACAGCAAGACGACGAAAGUGAACUCAUGAGAAUCACCAAUCCUGCAAACUUGAUCGGCGAAAGACCAGUGCCCACUUACUACACACGUUUGCCCGGGGAAGGGCCCAGCGAUCAGCAACACUUAUUGGGCAAGAAGCAGUCUUUGACCCCAAGUGAUCUUCUCCAGCUACCGACGGACGACUUCGGAUUCAGCGUACCAGAAGGCCCGACCACUCCAUCCAGAAAGUCAGGCUUUCAACUCGACGGAGCAAACGACGAGAUUGAACUUUUCGAGCGCAGUGUCGAGUACAAGGACAAGGCCUACAAGAAGGAGAACCGAAGCCUCAAGAAGAUGGUGUCACUUGACGCUAUGGCUGAGGAGUGCGCAAGCUCGCCAACAGCCAAAUCGCCAAGCAAGUUGUUGAUGGGUGAUCCCAGGAGGUCCAGAGAUCAUAUGUCACUCACGACGAUCCAGUCCUUUCCUGAGGACAUGCCAGAGAUCACACGCCAGCUGGCUCACCUGCAAACACCAAGCGCCGGCCAUCGUGACCCCACAAGCGGCGAGUGGAAGAGUGGAGAUCCAUUUGCUCCUAGCAAUACCAUUGGGGACCUUGCAUCGUCUGGACCACCGUCGCCAACUCGAAGCGUCAAGCUGCCCCUUCGCCCUAAGAUCACUGUGCAGUCGGCUGGGUCUACUGACCCAAAGACUUUUGAUGAAAGUGACCUGCAGACGCCUGAAUGUGUGAAGGACGACGGUGUCGAAUGUAAAGAAGAGGUUCGCAGAGACUCCCUGAUAUUUGAUGGCGUGACAAUACAGAACAAUCAGGUCAACUUCGCCACCAAGGACGCUGCUGCAACCACCUUCAAAGCGAGCAAUGAAGCUGUGAUCGGGGACGGAGCCAAGAGUCGCGAAUCACUGGCGAGUACCGUCGACUCUGGUGAAUACGGAGAGUUCAAGACUCAACAACUCUUCGGCGAUUUGAGUGCACCAGAAUUACCGGAGUAUGUCGACGCUGACGGCAGUGGAAGGGCCAGUCUUGAGACGUCUCCGCAGAGGAGACGAUCAGUUGCACAGCUCUACCACCGUAUCUCCAACUCGAAGACACCAAGUCCACCACGCUGUCGCCCAGGCACGACGCACCAAGCAGAUGUGAGCGACAUCUUUUGGAAGUAUGAUUUCAAGGACUGGCCGCGGCUCUCCAAAGACGCUGGAGAGGACACACCACACGAGUCGAUCGGCAGCAGCAAUGAGUCGGUUGCAGGAUCAGAUGAUAUUCCUACAAACGCAUCCCCAAACCGAACUCCAAGCAUGGGAGACCGCCUUGAGUUUGGUAUCAAGCGGUCUGCCAGGAACAUGCGCUACAAUGCUUUGCGUGACAUGGAAGACACUCCAGAGCAUGAAGACUCUGCGAAGCUACCAGAGUUCUUGCAGCCCGCACCACACCGUCCGACUUUGAAGAUCGAUACAUCAAGCGACUUCAAGACCAGAAACAGUUCUGACCUAUCUCUGGCCAACUUCGAUGAAGCCUACUCCAGCUCCCGUCAAGUCUCGCCGCUCAAACCCAGCACCAGACAAUCGAGAGUGGGCAUGAGCUCCGACAGCAUCGAUCACGAGCUCAAGCAUGCCAUAUCCCAGCAUUACGUCUUCCAAGCAGCAGUCGCUGGACUGGGCAUCACAGAACCAUAUUCCUCCUCAACAGCCACCGCCACACCCUCCGAAAACCACCCCAUGUUCAGCAACGAGUCGAAGACCACUCCCAAUGAUCACCACCCAAUCUCCCCCUCAAGCAGCGCCAUCUGGCAAGACAUCCAACAAGGCCCCUUCGACACGCCCCCCGGCCCCUCAAACAAAUCCGACCAAGAAGGCGAACUUCACGCCUACGAAUUCAAAACCCCCUUCGCAGACUCCUCCGCUUCCGCAGACGACGAUACCCUCGACGACUGCCUCGAGAUGUUUCACAACUUCAACAAGUCCCAGGAGAUGCUCUCGUCGGAUAGUGUGCAGCCGGCGGAGAAGAUUGAGAAUCCUUUCGCUUCUUCUUCUUCUUCUUCUUCGCCGGGAGGGGAGGGGAGGGGUAGUUCGACGACGACGAGUCCGAGGAAGCCGUUGCCGGCGAGGUAUCGGAAUAGUUUGAGGGGGAGGAGGUGA